CUUGGUGUAGUGUGUUAGUGUGGGAUUGGGACACGGCCCGAGUCUUGCGCCGUUGGCACUUAGCUGUCAAACAGGGCGAAGUCUGCUAGCGUCAAGUGUCAUUAAUAAAAGCGCGUUUUAUUCACGUUAAUCUUUAACUAGGUGAAAUUAUAAACGCCUGAAUCACAACAGCACAGCGCUGAAAGAUUGUGUGGGAAUGGACGCCCCCGCUUCAUCACGCUCUGUCUCCCGGAAGAGGAGGAGAGACGAUUCCAACGGAGAGAUGGAGGAAGGAGACGCUGCGGUCAAGUUCAAACGCCACACUGUGGUAAAGAGUGAGAUAGCUCUCAGAGAUCCGGCUCCGUAUGCUGAUCAGUUGGAUUCGUUGGAGGAUCGACCGUAUAAACGCGUCAGCAUGGAGGAGGCUCAAAAGGGAACACCAACUGACAGGCCCGUGAGAGUGUACGCAGACGGCAUCUUCGACAUGUUUCAUUCAGGACAUGCCCGCGCCCUCAUGCAGGCCAAAGGCCUCUUCCCCAACACACACCUGAUCGUUGGAGUGUGCAGUGAUGAUCUUACACACAAACUCAAGGGCUUCACAGUUAUGAACGAGGAGGAGCGCUACGACGCCGUCACACACUGCCGCUAUGUGGACGAGGUGGUGCGCAACGCACCCUGGACCCUCACACCAGACUUCCUGAUCAAACACCGGAUCGACUUUGUUGCCCAUGACGAUAUUCCGUACUCGUCAGCAGGGAGUGACGACGUCUACAAACACAUCAAAGAGGCAGGAAUGUUUGCUCCGACUCAGCGCACCGAGGGCAUCUCCACCUCCGACAUCAUCACACGCAUCGUGCGUGACUACGACGUGUACGUGAGGAGAAACCUGCAGCGCGGCUACACAGCCAAAGAGCUCAACGUCAGCUUCAUCAACGAGAAGAAGUACCACCUGCAGGAGCGUGUGGAUAAGGUGAAGCAGAAGGUGCGAGACGUGGAGGAGAAGAGCAAAGAGUUUGUGCAGAAGGUGGAGGAGAAGAGCAUUGACCUGAUCCAGAAGUGGGAGGAGAAAUCCCGGGAAUUCAUCGGAAACUUCCUGCAGAUGUUCGGGCCGGAGGGAGCGCUGAAGCACAUGCUGAAGGAGGGGAAAGGUCGCAUGCUGCAGGCCAUCAGCCCUCGUCAGAGCCCGAGCAGCAGCCCGACCCGCGAACGCUCGCCCUCGCCUACCUUCCGCCUCCCAUUCUUCACCAAGACUUCGCCGCCCUCCUCACCCCGCACCAAGCGCCCGCGCCACGAUAUCAUCACCCACGGCCAGAACAUCAGCGAGGACGAGGAGGAUGACGAUGAAGAUUAGGAAGGAGGACGCAGGAUUCUGGCUGUGGAAACGCGGACACUGAUUCUCGAUGCUCCUCUACAUCCUCCGUCCAUCAAACACGGAGCAAAGAGUGGAUUUUAAAAACGUCACUCGUCACAGCUACGGCUGUGUGUGUAGAAUCCGUUAGCAUACAGGAGGACUCUGUGUGUGUGUGUGAGAGAGAUGUUAGGGCAUGCCGGUGUUCUGGCUCUGUUUCCUGUAAAGAUCCAGCUUUUAGUGAAGAGCCGCCGUUUUUACUCUGGAAUCGUCUGUCCGUGUGCAUGGAAAGGUCUUUAUUUCUAUUCAUGUUUAAAACCAAACUUCUUUCGUUGGUCUAACAACUCGCUCGGAGGCUGUACACAUCACACCUACAGCUCUUUAUCUUAAACAUGCUACACGCUAGUUAUGGAACUGUUAUCUCUCUCUGUGAAAUCCAAAUAUUGGCCAAAGUAUUUUAAAAAAAAAGCAUAGUAUUUCUGAUUGUUGUCAUGGUUACACAGUAUGAAUAUGUAUUAUUCAGUCUGGAGCUUUGAUUACCUCGAACCCACCCGCCAGCCAAUCAGAAACCAGUAUUUUAGAGAAUCUGAGAGAAGUCGUAGUUUUACGGACGUCGUUCCUCCAGCUGUCAUGUUUUAUUUAUUUAUAUUUUUUGGUAAAGUCUAUAGCAGGAAAAAAAAACUACACGAGGCUUAGACUGCGCCGGUGAGAAAGUUAGCCACAUUAGCCAGGACUGCGUUUAUGGUGCACGGGAUUAACGUCCGAUCACGUCUUUUCUUCUCUCUUUUUAUAUGUAAGCGCUGAAGAAAGUGUUUAAUAUUCAAGAGCAUCAGGGCGACAAUCCUGUUCACUGUAAUGAGUGUUUGAGGAAACACGAUAGUGUCGGUGAAGAAGCCGACCUGAUCGGGGUUUAUUGCACUGUCAGAGCUCUGAUGAUGAUGAUGAUGUGUAAAUGUAAGAAUCUGUACAGCUGCUGUAACGACACUCGUUUGUUCGUCUUUAACUGCACAAGAUCUAAUUUUUCUUUCCUUCUGCCCGACGACUGCUCGGGUUUCUGGAAGAUUAUUAAAUCAGUGGAAUAUGAACAAAA